GAAACAUUUCCAUCUUUUUAAAAACCUCUCUUUGGUUCGUCUGGUCUCGGGACCGGGACCGGGAGGAAGGAGGGAGGUGGGGGUGAAGUGGGAGUGGGCUCUCCCGGCUGCCUCUGUGCGCCCAUAGGCCGCCCCCGCCGUCCGUCAGCCCGGGAACGCGCUCCCAUUGGCUGCAGGAGGCGGAUCCGCAGGUGUCCUCCGCUCAUAGAGGCGCAGGGCGGAGAGAAGGUGAUCAAUCUCCAUCCGUCUCCAUUAGAAAUCACCUUAACACUCUGACAGACAACGACAAGCCCCCUGAAAGCAAAUGAGUUUGAUUUAUUUGGCUGCAAAAACACGCGGAACCGCACCGAGGACGCGUUGGUGACGCCCGCGCGCUGAUAACUGCGUGUUUUUUUGUGUCCGUGAUGCUGCCCGGUUUGCACACUGUUGUUUGUUUCUGAGCAAGUCUGCCGCUGUUUGAGUUUUGUACCCUGCAGACUUCCUACUGCUGGAUAAUUUCACUGCUGCUCGCCUCCUGUGACCCGACAGCUCGGGAGAAGGGAAGAGGAGAAAAACAAGUGACUUGGAUCGGCCCCCUGUCCCGUCAAGCUGCAGCAUCGGGGGAAACCGAACCACUGGUCUGAGCUGGGUGGAGCUGUGACCGCCUGUAGCAUGAUGUCCUACCUCAAACAGCCCCCCUACGGCGUCAACGGCCUGGGGCUCAGCGGCGCUGCCAUGGACCUGCUGCACCCCUCAGUGGGCUACCCAGCGACUCCCAGGAAGCAGCGUCGGGAGCGGACCACCUUCACCCGCUCUCAGCUCGACGUCCUGGAGGCUCUGUUCGCCAAAACCCGGUACCCGGAUAUUUUCAUGCGGGAGGAGGUGGCACUGAAGAUCAACCUGCCGGAGUCCAGAGUCCAGGUGUGGUUCAAGAACCGGAGGGCCAAGUGUCGCCAGCAGCAGCAGAGCGGCAGCAGUGCCAAAGCCAGGCCGCCCAAGAAGAAGUCUUCUCCGGCCAGGGAGAGCACCGGCUCUGAGAGCAGCGGCCAGUUCACGCCUCCUGCUGUCUCCAGCACGGGCUCGUCCUCAUCUUCAUCCUCCUCCACCAAUCACACGGGCCCGGCGGCGCUUAGCAGCACCUCUACCUCCAUCAGCACCGUCUCCUCCAUCUGGAGCCCCGCUAUCUCCCCUGGAAACGCUCCUGCUCCUGCAGUGGCCCCGCUCCCCGAGCCAGGACCCCCUUCUAAUGCCUCCUGUAUGCAGCGUUCAAUGUCAGGCUCCGCCGCCGCCGCCACAUCCUACCCCAUGUCCUACAACCAGACGCCGGGCUACGGCCAGGGCUACCCCACCCCAUCCAGCUCUUACUUCAGCGGCGUGGACUGCGGCUCUUACCUGGCCCCCAUGCACUCCCACCACCACCCCCACCAGCUCAGCCCCAUGACGGCCUCCUCCAUGUCAGGCCACCCGCACCACCACAUCAGCCAGUCAUCAGGCCACCACCAUCACCACCACCACCACCAGGCCUAUGGCGGCUCCAGCCUGGCCUUCAACUCCUCCGACUGCCUGGAUUACAAAGAGCAGACUGCAGCCUCCUCGUGGAAGCUCAACUUUAACACCACAGACUGCUUGGACUACAAAGACCAGGCCUCCUGGAGGUUCCAAGUCUUGUGAUCAGGCUUUUCCCCCCUUCUUCCCUCCCUGCUCGUCAGCUCCCUCUUCUUCUUUUAUUUUCCAGAUUAGCAUAUUGCUUGUUUUUAAAGACAAAAAGAGUUUAUGAACCAUAAGAUAACAAGAUAGCAGCAGGAAUGCUCAACAAUCGGACUUUGUUUUUCCUCCCUCUCGUCCUCCACGUCUUUAAAAAAAAAAAAAAGAAACAGUCCCUCACGUAUGAAGAGAAAACAUCAGGAGCAGUUUCCUGACGAUGAAGAAUGGGGUUUUUAAGACGCUCAUUCUUGGAUGACCUUAAGAAAACCAAACUGUUUUUCAAAACUAAAAAAAAAAAAAGUCAUUUCAACCAAACUCCUUUGACCACCAGCUCUCUGGCUCUCUGGAUGGGAGGAAUAUUUUCCCCUCUGGUGCACCAACAGGAACUGCCUGCAGUGCCCCUCUUUACCUCCAAACCCAAUCAAAUCCUGUAUAGUUUUUAUUUCUGAAAUUUGUUAUUUUAGGAUGACAGAGAUUUUUAGUCAGCUGCGCCGAGGAGCUGAAAUAUGUAAAUAUGUAUUUGGGUCAGUUACAGUGACCAUGUUUAGUUUGUGUUUUUUUUUCCGAAUUUGAAAUUGUUUAUUACCACUUUGGGAGUUUAAAAAAAAAAAAGAAAAACCUGUAUGUAAAUCUUUCCAAAUAUUCCAAAGAGAACAAAUUGGCCAUAAAGUUCAGCUUUUAUAUACGUUGUUUUAAAAAUGUUUUGGCAAUUUGAAAUGUCUUGGAGGGAAAAAUCUAAAAUAUAGAUGCAGAACUAUGGGCGUUCGUCCAGGUUACAGUUUGUUUUCCGGAUAUUAUUAUUCUAACCUCUAUACAUUUUCAAACCAGACCUCCUCUCUUGGGCAUUGUCGUGAUAUUGGACAUGUUUGAACCGCAGCACUUGGCUUGAUAAUGGAGUCAGAGCAUUUUUUUUUAUUUUUUGGAGAGGAAAAAUGUGGAUUUAUAGCUCCAAAAUGACAGUAAGAUGUUGAAUGUAUCUUUAAGGCGAACCACCCUUACAUACAUGUUCAUCCAAUAAAGAUCCGUUAAGUCAUAUUUAUUUUCCACAGUGGAUUCUGUCUUUGGUUCCCAACAGGGAGUCAACUUUUUAUUUAUUUAUUCUUUAGAUGCAUGUACAGCAGCAAAUUACAAACUCAAGAUUGCUGUUUUCUCUCAUUUGAAUUAGUCACACUUUUAUUUAAAAGCUUGUUGAUUUUGUUUAUUUCCUAAUUAUAACGGGGUAAAUGCAAAUUAGGCCAUAAUUAAUACAAGCCAUGAACGCGUGUAGGCCCCGCAUUUCCAUUUUAGAGAGCAGCCAGUUUUAAUCCUCUCUGUCUCUGACUUAAAUUGAAACACUAACAUCUCCCCUCGCUUUAGGGAGACCAAGUGUCUUUUUAAACUGCGGCGUUAAAAAGCCCUAAAUAUUGAGCCGCGAGACAUUUGAUCGAGGCGUAAUUGAAUGCAGCGCUGUAAUGGCGUGAUAAUUACUCCUGCGCCCUGAGUUGGUUUCUCCAAAAUAACCUGCAGGAAUUUCACCGCCUCUGAUGCGGUAAUUACGUAGGUGGGGCCAGGUUAGGGGGUCAGAUGUAAGUGAGUGAGUGUGUGUGUGUGUGUGUGUGUGUGUGUCUAGUGCUCGCAGGCAUAAACGCAUUAUAAAAGAGGAGGAGGAGGAGGAGGAGGAGGAAGAGGAUGAGGGGGAGUUAAAGAAAAUAUCGCGUCAGUUCUCUGGCAAGGUUGUUUUGGACGAGCGUGUUUUGAGCCGUGAAGGCCGCACUGAGAGCAGCAGAAACAGAUUUCAUGCAAAUUAAUGGCCCCGAUCAAAACAACCGUCCUUGUGCAAAGAAAUUACCCCCCAAAAGAGAAACGCUGUUGUUUUAAUUAAGACAAACGGGAGCUUUUUUAUCUGACUGCGAAGAUUGAACAGAAAUUAACCCAUUAAGUGUCUCUAAUGAGGGCUGCAGCUAACCUAACCAUCAGAUUAAUCACUAUGAUUGAUUAUUAGUUUCUUGAUUAUUGUUUUGUCUUUUUGUCUGUUUCCCACACCGUCGUCUAACCCACCAAAAUAUCCACUAUUUUUUUUAAAUAAAGCAAAAAAGCAGCCAAUAGUCAAUUAUUAAAAAUAGUUGCUGGUUAAUUUUCUCUCUGACUAAUCGAUUAAUAAGCUAUUCAUUUCAGCUCGUUUCAGGAUGAGGAAACAUAUUACUCACAGCUUUUUACAUGUUAAAUAUGAGGCAGUUUUACUUACUUAUGCCUCUAAAAAUAUUAAUAAAUGAAUAAUCUGAGAGGGUAAAACUCACUC